AUAAUCUGGUGGAACAGCCGUACGAUCUCCAGAAUAUUCACAUUGAUUUCGCCAAAUUUGCCAAAAAGAUGGACGUAAAGCGGUUGAAGCGCGCGAUGUGGGACGUCAUCAGUCCUCUCAAUCCUCCCGCCACUCCACUCACUCCUGAGGCCAAUAGACCGAUGAGUCCGCAAACUAUGAGUUUCACCACUCUUUAUAAAGAUCUGCCGCCAAAGAUCACGCCAGUGAUGGCCCAGAACCUGAGCACACCCAUCGCUUUCGUCACACUAUUACAUCUGUGCAACGAAAGGAAUCUGAAACUCGUGGGAACUGAGGAUCUCUCGGACUUUGUUAUCGAAACCGAAGUUCCCUUUAAUACUAAUUGA